UGUUGUUUUGGCUGGUCCACGAUCUGGUGAAAACGCGAGGUUUCUGCGACGAGCAACAUUAACGACCGUCGACUAACGAAACUGUGCUGAUAGUAGGUGGAACUACUCCACUCCGGGACGCGGAAACAAGUGCACAAAGUGUAGCGCUCCCGGCGAAGGAUCUGUGCGCCAGGAAGGAAGUGCACCGAGAAAUUUCCUUCGAACGCGCGCGCGUAUGUGUGUGUUGUGUGUGUGCGGUGCAGGUGUGUGAAAAUCGCAGGCAACAACGAGCGAGCGAGCGAGCGAGCCAGUGAGCAACCGAUUUCCGUGUUCAUUGUUGUUGUUGCAGAGAGGGUGCGCUUGUGGGAAAAUCGGUGUUGCACGCCGGAAAGUGAAGGUGUUUUGUAUGUACCACGCUAUACUGCCAGUGCCCCAGUGUACCAGCAGCCGUCCCUUCCGACGCCGUUUACUACAAUCAGCCAACCCGCGGACUCCGCGGUGCACCAGCUCCUGCCGUAGAAACGCUGCCAAAACCCCUGCUGCCGUGCCCGAUCCCAAGGACAACGCAAGUGCAGCAGCAGCACGAUGGCGGACGGGGAAUCGGACAUGGAGUACUCGUCGGACAAUGAUUACGAAUUUGAGGACUACUACAACUCAGGUGAAGAUUGUGACAUCGAGCAGAUCGAUCCGAAGCGCACCGAUCCGGAGUACUUUGUGUACGAGUGUCUGAAUGUGGAGGAGGUCGAGAAGCUGAUGAAUGAACCGGUGGAGAAGCUAAGCACCCAGCUCCAGAUUACACCUUCGCUGGCCAAGGUGUUGCUACACGAGACACGCUGGAAUACGGCGGAAGUGAUUGAACGCUACCGGAACAAUGCCUCCAAUCUGUUGGUCAGUGCACGGAUCAAGGCAGCACCACCGGUCGUCGCAGGGCCGUCGUCACCGUCAUCAGCACCGUGUCCGGCCACCACCACCACCAUCACAUCCGUCGCCAGCAGUACCAUCAGUACCGCAGGCACUAUCAGUGGUCCUAGCUUCCUGCUCGUACCUUCAGCCUCAUCUGCGUUCGUCGCAACCUCCGCCACCUCAUCCGGCGCCGCUGCAAUGUCCUCGUCGUUGUCCUUACAUCCCGGACCGAGCGGGAAUGGCACCAAAGUACAGCAUCAUCUCACUGGCAGCACGAGUAGUACCGGUAGUACCUUCACAACGAUAGUCAACGCACCAACGCCAACCUGCUACCGGACGCAGCUGUGUCCGGUUUGUGUGACGGUACAGUCGACGGAUAAGUUCCAUCGGCUCUCCUGCCAGCACUCGUUCUGCCGUGAUUGUUGGGCAAUGCACUUUGAGAUACAGAUCGGUCAGGGCAUCUCGACGCAGAUCGAGUGUAUGGAGCAACGGUGCGAUGUGCGCGUGCCCGAAGAUCUCGUGCUGAACCUGCUCAACCGGCCCGUCCUGCGUGACAAGUAUCAACAGUUUGCGUUCGCCGAUUACGUCAAGUCACACCCGGAGCUACGCUUCUGUCCAGGGCCCAACUGUCAGAUCAUUAUCCGCAGCCAGGACAUUAGCCCGAAGAAGGCGACCUGCAAGGUGUGCAAAACGAGCUUCUGCUUCCGGUGCGGUACCGACUAUCAUGCGCCAACGGACUGUCAGAUCAUCCGCAAGUGGUUAACGAAGUGUGCGGACGAUAGCGAGACGGCAAACUACAUCAGUGCGCACACGAAGGACUGUCCCAAGUGUCACAUCUGCAUCGAGAAGAACGGUGGCUGCAAUCAUAUGCAGUGCUUCAACUGUAAGCACGACUUUUGCUGGAUGUGUCUCGGUGAUUGGAAGGCCCACGGUUCCGAGUACUACGAGUGUUCGCGCUACAAGGAAAAUCCAAAUAUCGCCCACGAGUCCGUGCAUGCGCAGGCCCGCGAAGCACUGAAAAAGUAUCUGCAUUACUACGAACGAUGGGAGAACCACUCGAAAUCGCUGCAGCUCGAACAGCAGACGCUCGAUCGUAUGAAGGCGCGCAUCAACGAGAAGGUGAUGAAGGGUUUGGGCACGUGGAUCGAUUGGCAGCAUCUGUUCGAUGCGGCCGCCCUGCUCGCCAAGUGUCGCUACACGCUUCAGUACACCUACCCGUACGCUUACUACAUGGAGUCACGCAAGGAACUGUUCGAGUAUCAGCAGGCCCAGUUGGAAGCGGAAAUCGAGAAUCUCUCCUGGAAGGUUGAACGAGCGGAAACGACCGAUCGGGGUGAGCUCGAGAAUCAGAUGGACAUUGCCGAGAAGCGUCGUACGACGCUGCUGAAGGACUUUUUCCCCAACGAAGUGUAAUAGGAGCGAGGGAGCGAGAUCACGCCCGCCGUCCUCCCCGAAAGUAGUCCGUAUCCUUUCCACCGUUGGCCUGGAUGGGACGAAAAUGAAGCUAAACUAAUACCAGAUAAUAAAGACAACGUGCGGAUCUUCAAGCAACAACAAGUAGGUGAAACUAUUAGUGCGUAAUGCGUUAGAGUGAGUAGAUAAGAUCCUCACUCGAUCUCGGACUCAGUGAGCGAGCGAACGAGCGAGCGUACAGGCAAUAUUGUUUAGAUGAUAAUCAAGAUGGUCACACGAUCGAUGGUGUGAUCAAGUCCCUAUUUCAUAUUCGUAGCUAAGAAGGACAGCGCGUGGUAGGCCAAGAGGCAGAGCGAGACAAAGCGAGCGUUCAUCACAGGAGAUCAUCUUCGUUUGAGUGAUCCGUGCAAGAUCAUUCGCUUAGCUCUAUCUCUCUCUGACCUUCCUGAUCGUCGCGUUUCAUCUUGUAGGCUAGCGAUUGUAGAUACCGAAGGAUGAGGAGGGAGAGCCCAGAGUGGAGCGAUGCUAUUGCUUAGGACCAUUUAUGAAUACACAACCCUACACCUUACUACAAGGCGCAUAUGAUAAUUGCUGCUACUUAAGCGAAACAAUGAAUGAGAAAGGCAAAAUCGUGAAAAAGGAAAUAUAAGAGAAGCAAUUACUUCAACAAACAUGA